AGCCGGUUGGCCGGCGGGCGUGCCGCGCGCCGGCCAAUCGGAGCGCGCGACGAUUAACCGGGGGGGUGGCGGUCCACCGUCCCACCUACAACGGGUCCCGGCUCGGCGGUGGUGCGUCCGGUACGCACUCGGCGUGCGGGCGUGAUGACGACUGCGACUGCGACGGCGACGACGACUGCGACGACUGCGACGACCCGAUUGCGACUGCGACGGCGGUGCGUGGUGGCGAACGCGCGAAGAAACGAUUUUUUCGGGUUGUUUACGUAGCGGAACGUCCGCGUGCUGGUUUCCGUUGUCGUCGCCGCGUUGUUUUGAUAGUUUCGCCAAAAAGGUCCGUUUUUAUCGGUAGUGUGCGCGUUCCGUACCGUACGUGUGCUGCCGUGUUGCCGGCACGGAACAACUGGGCCGCCACAUCUCUCUCCGUCUCGCCAUCGGCCCGUCUAAUCGAUUUUUAAUUUUAAAACAACAACGACCACGGCCAACUCGGCUCGUACGCCGGCGGCGUACACGAACAAAACGGUCGUGCCGGUUUUUCUCCGCUAAGCUGUACGUUGUUCCGUAGCUCGCUGCUACAUGCACGCGCCGACCAGCGAACACGUAACGCGAUUGAUGAUCAUCAACUGAUCGGUACGAACACGUCGAUCGCGCACCGCCUUUGACGAUCAUGCACACACUGUUCGGCGACCAAAACGCCUACUACCGGACCGGUAUGUAUCCGGGCACGUCGAAUCCGGCCGCGUACCCGAGCGCGUACGAGCAGUACGCGCGGUACGGGUACAAUCCGGCAGCCGGGUACCAGGCUUCGCACCACCACCACCAUCACGUGGUGUCGGCUGCUGCGGCCGCGGCCAAGGACAUGGUCAAACCGCCGUACUCGUACAUCGCGCUCAUCGCGAUGGCCAUACAGAACGCACCGGACAAGCGGUGCACGCUGAACGGCAUAUACCAGUUCAUCAUGGAACGGUUCCCGUACUACCGGGAAAACAAGCAGGGCUGGCAAAACUCUAUCCGGCACAACCUAAGCUUGAACGAGUGUUUUGUCAAGCAGCCGCGAGACGAUAAGAAACCAGGCAAAGGUAGUUAUUGGACACUGGACCCAGAUUCGUACAACAUGUUCGACAAUGGAUCGUACUUGCGGCGCCGGAGACGGUUCAAGAAGAAGGAUGCGCUCAAGGAGAAGGAAGAGGCCAUCAAGCGGCAGCAGGAGCUCAUGCUGAAAAAGGUCACCGAAGAACAGUGCAAGCUUUUGUUGCACGGUGGUAGCGGCGGCAACGGCGGUAAGGACCUGAUACAGCAGGUGCAGCAGGACUGCAUUAAACAGCCGAAGAAGGAGCCGGGUGUGCCGCAGUCGCACAAUCAACCGACGUCCGGCGACGACCAGUCCGCACCACCUUCGUCCGGUGGUUCUGCGUCAUCAGCACCUCCACCGCCUCCACCACCGCCGCCGUCAGCGUACCACCAGCACCACCACCACUUGCAGUACGACAACGACCACCAGGACGAUUCGCCCUCGACCGCCGUGGCCGCGGCUGGUGGUGGCAAUAACGGACACCACCUGCACCAUCACCACCACAGGUACAUGUCCACCACUGCGGCAGCAGCCGCGGCCGCCGCUGCAGCGGCCACCGGUGAUCACCACCAUCACCACCACGGCGACGAGUUUGCCUCGCACCACCAUCAGUACGUUGCCGCAGCCGCGGCAGCCGCGGCUGGACACCAUCGACCGCCCGGCAGCUGGUACAGUGCCGAUCCUUCCGAUUUCUUUGACGCUGUCGUCCCUAACCCUGUGACUGCGGCCACGGCAGCCAGCUGCGCGUUUCGCAAUUCGCAACACAUCACCCCCGGUACCCAUACGCAAUUGCACAACUACUAUCAGCAACAGCAGCAGCAGCAGCAGCAGCAACAGCAGCAUCAGCAACAGCAACAGCAACAGCACAACGGCAAUUCGUCGGUCAAGUUCUCAUCACAACUAUAACGACGACAAUGACAACGACACGACCGCGGGGAACUGGGAAGGAGCUGUCAGACGAACAAAUUGUACUCGUCCGCAUGAGAAGCCUGCGGUGGAAAGACACCGACGGCACUGAUGCCGGGACGACGGGCACGACUGUACGAUUGCUAGCAGGAAGACAAAAAAGAAAAAUAAAAAAAAAAAAAACAGUAAAAAUUCACCUAAGAGACACGAACCACAUGGGGUUUGCCCGAUGCUGCUGCUACUGCUCUCCUGGCUGUCAUUCCGGAAAACGUCCGCCGACUAGGCUUAUCAGGUGACGGACGUGUGUACACUAUACAAUGAAUACGAUGCGUAUAUCCAUCUAUCUAUCCUUCGCCGCGCGUGCGUGUGUAUAUGCGUGAAUGUGUGUUAGUACGUGUGUGUGUGUGUGUGUGUGUGUUUAUAUACGUAGGUACAUUACUGUUAUAAUUCGUCCUUUCUCUCCUCCCAUCCCGACACAGGACUUUUGCGCACGCAAUUUCUCUACAACUGUUCAACGAUAUCGCAUAUUGUAUCGAAUCCAAUAGUUCACCUCAAACCAGUCGAUGAGUAUGGUGUCGUGCAAGUACUCUUGGUACUACGACAUUUUUUGUAUUAUAUUAUACGUAAUAGUAACAAUAUCUGUAAUAAUGAGUUCUUUUACCAUAACUGUUAGUAAAACUAUUGAAAUCAACAGUUAAAUUACACAAAAGUUUUAUUGACUUAUAUGAAAAAAGUAAAAAAUAAUGCACUGAUGUACUGUGUGCAUGUAACAACUUGGUGUAUGUUAACACUUUUUAGAUUUCGUACCAAAUAAAACGAGUCGUAUAAUUCUGAUAGUUUUUGAGUCAGCUCUUUCCCGUGCAAGUAUAAUUACUUGUACUAAUACACCUCGCACAUUAUAACUGCGUAAUACGUAUUUAUACGAGUACAUUAUAAUUAAUUUUUACCACGUGAACUCUGAAUUACACGAUUGACAUGUAAUUCAACGUUUAAAAACACGUUAGUUUUUCAUCAUCUCAAUCGACGUAGCCAGAUCCCUUUGUAAAUAAUGUGCAUAAUAAAACUCUGGUCUCAGUAAGGGUCAUUUUAAUCCGCAAUAUUAAGAAUAAUUAUUAUUCUUUCGUCGGUAAUACAAUCAAUAAGGUCUCGUCGUUCUCGACUAGAUUACAUACUUCUCGUCGUGUAUCAUACAUUUGUUUUCUUUCUUUCCACUUAUUAUAUAUAUUUAUACGUCCCACCGUACAAUCUUGUUUGUAGUCUUUAUUUUCUUUCAGUAUACCUACAUGUGAUUUUUUUUUAUGUUAUUUAUAUAUAGAAUUUCGUGUAUCUAUACGUAUACAUUCUGUAAUCUAUGAAAAAUUGUACUUGCUUUAGUUAUUUUCCAAUGUAUAUUUUAUGUAUUGUAUAAAUUUAGUUAUAGAUAAUAAAUAUUGGUUCUUAUCGUACCUGUGACUUUAAAAAACUACGUACAUGUGCCUUGAACGUAUUUUACAUCAACUUUAUAUUUAUAAUUGUAAUAUAUUAUUGAUACCAUUAAAUAAGCUGUCCAUUUAUUUUCCAUGUUAAAUACAAGAGAAUAAUAGUAGGUAGAAAAAAUAAAAUAAAUUACAUAUCUUUGUGCAAUACUUUAAAAAAAAAACCGAAAAUAAAUUAAUUUUCAAAAUUUCCACGAACUAAAACGGUAAAUAUAGUUUAGUAGGUA